AUGGCUCCCAACCUCUUCAUCUGCCUCCGCGCCGUCUUCUGCCCGACCUACUGGUUCCAGAAUGGCAACCGCAUCAACGGCGCCGUCAACCGCGAGCAGCACUGGGAGACUCCCGUGCCAGGCACCUACCAAUUUUUCCCCGGAAAGGGCUGGCAUCUGAUCCGCCGCGACGACGGUGGCCACGACGAAAAGUUGCCCGCGCCGCUGGUCUACUGCCGUGUUCUUCACCGCUACAUGUUCGAAUCCGAGCUCGAGGACCGCUGCCGCUGGUUCUCGGCGCCGCUACACAGAGGUGGGCGCCCGGAGCAGCUGCGCUUCCUCUUGCUGGAUGAUGGUGUCUCGUGGGUUGCUGCGUGGGAUGCGCAGGACCGCUUUAUUCCCGGACCCUAUCCCAAGUGGUGGCUCGACGAGGAUGGCGAGACUCUGCAUCGGGGCGCUUCGCCGCCGACCAGUGCCAAUGUGUCGCGGUGCAGCAGCAUUGUUGCCAAAUAUGAUUAA